GAUGAAGUAUGGAAGAAAAAUAAUUCAAUUGUUAUUACUUUUAUUGUUUCUAUGGGCUUCACACAGACUGUAUCGUUUCAGCACAAAGGAACUACAGAGGAUAUACGAGUGCUGGUCUAUGGAUAUUCAAUCAAAAGAAUUAAAGCUAUCAGACUGGUUUUCUCCCAGUGAAUCCAUGAACCUGACUACCACCAGCUGGUCAGCUCCGGUUGUGUGGGAUGGCACUUUUGAUGAAAAAGUAUUGGAAAAGUAUUAUGAAAAAAAUAAAAUUACUGUGGGAUUGACUGUGUUUGCUGUAGGAAGAUACAUUGACCACUAUUUGAAGAAAUUUAUAUCCUCUGCAGAUAGGUUUUUUAUGGUUGGCCAUAAAGUCAUAAUUUAUGUCCUGAUAGAUGACUUCUCCAGGAUGCCCUGGAUACAGCUGAGUCCCCUCUGUUUGAUCAAAGUGUUCGAAAUCAAGCGAGAGAAGAGAUGGCAAGAUAUCAGCACGAUGUGCAUGAAGGCUAUUAGUGACCAUGUUGUGGCUCAUAUCCAGUACGAAGUUGACUUUCUCUUCUGCAUGGACGUGGAUCAAAUCUUCGUAAGGAAAUACGGAUUGGAGACUCUGGGGGAGUCAGUAGCUCAGUUACAUGCUUACUGGUACAUGGAAGAUCCUAUAGGGUUGCCAUAUGAAAGAAGUGAGUUAUCAGAAGCAUAUAUACCUUUUGGUAUGGGAGAUUUUUAUUACCAUGCUGCUGUAUUUGGUGGCACUCCCAUUCAAGUUCUCGAUAUUGCCAGGGAGUGCUUCAAAGGAAUCAUGAAUGACAAGAAAAACAGCAUCGAAGCAGUGUGGCAUGAUGAAAGUCAUUUAAACAAGUAUUUCUUUCUCCAUAAGCCCACUAAACUCUUAUCACCGGAAUAUUGCUGGGCUUUUCCUAAAAUGGAUGUUCCUUUUAUUCACAGUAUCAAACUCUGUUGGGCUAAAAAGGAUUAUGAAAAUCUUAGGGUGACAAUGUAA